GCAUCGCCGAUGUGGGCUUGACCGUGGGAGACUAUGUGGGGAACGCCGCUGUCAUUGUCGGCAACUCUAUCGUAGAGGCUGCCGAGACCUCCAUCGAUGCACUGCCUAACGAAAUCAAGGAUGCAGCUUCCACACUUGGAGACGCCGCCGUGGCUGCCGGAGGUGCUGUUGCUGACGUCGGCGAAGUGGUGGCCGACGCCACCGUGGAUUUGGCCGGGGAUGCCCUCGAUGCGGCCGAGCACUCCGUAGCGCAGGGAGUGAGACUCGCCAGCACGGUGGGAAACGAAAUCGCCAGUAAAGCAGCCGCCUUGGGUGGCGAGAUUGCCAAAUUGGGGCCUUUGGCUGCCGGCCUUGCCAAAGCUGCUUGGGACGAGAUCAAGAAGUUCAUCAACUGCCUCGCCCAAUCCUUCACCUUGUGCAAUUUGCUGAUCGGUGAUGUGUGCGAUUGCGACGCGGGAAGUGAUGUCAGCGCCUCCCUGUCCGGCCUCUCUAUGAAAUGCAAGUUCAAGCACACAGGCGACUUCGCACAGGGCUUUGGUAUCUCGUCCAGCUCCAGCAGCUCCUUUGAGAUGGGCGACGCCAGCAGCAGCGGCAAGAUCAAGCUGCCGGGCAACCCUUUCCAACAGCAGCGGAAGCAUCCGGGAAGCUCCCUCAGGUCACGCAAAGCUUUGAAGGGCUCCAAGUCCAAAGCUCCGGCGGGGUCCUGCGAAUCCAACUUGGAGCUUGCCUUGGAGGGUCUCGUCCAGUUCGAACCGACGCUCACCAUCAAGUUGAAGACGAACGGCGACACCGAGGUGGGUGUGGAAGGCUUGGUCCGGGCCUCUUUCGAUGCCUUGGCCACUGCGGAGGGAAGCUGCGGCAUGUCCGCGGAGAGGAGGUUUCCGCAGAAUCCUAUCAAGAAGGUUUCUUGCGCCCCGCCAUUCUGCAUCAUCGUGUUGCUGCAGAUGGUGGCCGAAGUCGAGAUGACUGGAGUCAUCACCGGCAGCGCAGAGGUCGGCGCCAGCGCAGAUUUUCAGAUCUCCGGCUCCGUCCUCGUGAACCCGAAGGGCCACGCCGACGCCGACUUCCAGAACCCGACCAUCAAGCACCAGGAGGGUUUUGGCCUGGCAGCGUCGGCGUUCGGCAGCGUCCGAGUCGGCAUGGGUCCGGUACUGACAGUUUGGCCCAUGCCUGGCGUUCCGAUCGUCAUCAACCCCAUGUUCAACGCAGAGGUUCGGGCCCAGGGAACGCUGCGACUUUCUUCCGGCAAUUCCCUUGCAGAGACCCAGGCGGUGGAGUCCAGGACAGCCGUCACUUCCAAUACCAGCCGCGUGAACCGCAUCGACAUGUGCGGAGCUGCGGCCGUGAACUUGUUCGCGGACAUCGACAUUCAAGGCUUCUCGAUACCGAAGCCGAUCAGCGCACAGCUGGACACCAACUGGAUCAAGGAUAAGAUCAAAGAGUCGAUGCUCA